AUGAUUGCUUGGUUUGCUUUGGUCAGCGUUAUUUUGAGUUUAAGUGGUGCUUCUUCGUGGGUAGGUAAUCCAUACGCACAUUUACUACGGAAUGCAGAGCCUCCAAGCAUCGCAUACGGCUUCGGCGGAGGCUUUAGUAGCAAUAUUGGAGGCAUAAGUCAUUCUUCCGGAUAUGGAACCUCCUUCCAGACUGGUAACGGCCAAGCUUAUGGUGCCGGUAUUGGCUCAAACGGCAAUGCCCGUGGUGUGGGUUUUGCGCAGACAGCACCAAAUUUCAAUCAAUAUCAAUUCCCUCAAGCUUACCCAGGCUUUGGUAGGUCCACCUCUGCAGCCCAUAGUUUCGGUAACUUCGGUUCUGCUGUAUCAUCAGUACAAAAUGAUGGACAUGGAUCCGCUAUCAGCGCAGUACAUAGUAAUGGAAGAUCUCAAUCAGCUAUAUCGACAGUGCAGAACUUUGAUCGCGGCCUUCCAACUUUAGCUCGUAUCCAACCGGGUUUCAUAUCAAGGGCUGAUAAUGUGGGGGGAAUUCAGACCGCGGUUUCUUCAACCCAAGGGCCAAAUGGACAGGCGACAUCGAUAGCCCAAAAUUUUGGUGGUUACAAAGCAGCAAUUGCGAACAAUGUUCAAUUAAGAAAUGGUGUGAUACAGAAUAAUGGUGCCACUGUGAUAAAUGGACCAGGGUUUCAGUCUGCGCAGGCGCAUGCUGUUAAUUCGGGAUAUUAUUAG